AUGCCCUACGCGCUCACAUGUACACUUCACCUUCGCCGUCAAGUGCAGCUUUUAAGGUCGGUUCAAGUUUACAAUUAAAAUCUCCCACGAAAAAAUUGUUCAGUUAUCUUCUAAGAAAUGUUAAAAGUUUAUAUACUGCUCAAACUACUACUAACCUCUCAAUGUGAAAAAAGAGGCAUGAUAUUUUUCGUGAAGAGUUCAUGGAUUAAGAGUAAGAACCGCUUUGAAAAGCUUACAGUUUGGAAGAGGGUUUUAUUAUCGGAUCAUCAAAACUCCUUAAAAAAAUGUUUUGGACAGGAGAAAAAAGGCAAAGCCCAUCAAAGGGAAAGCAGUAUAAGUGAGAAAAACUAGAAAAAUUUUUUUUGAAGUAAACCCUAACAGUCUUCUGAAAGGUUAGCUGAUAACCAUCGGAUAUCCCUGCUUUUUAUCAUAAUCCCCAUGAAUCCAAUCAAUAUUCAUCCAUUUCCAGCAUCCUGACAGUCUUCUCCGUGAUAAAAGCCGGCCACGUGACUCGAGAAGGCGAAGUACGGUGGCAACUCUUCAACGAGUGCAGUCAGGGCAUGCUGCAGACCUACUUGGGGCGUGUGAACACUCGUGGAUUCUCGGAUCGCCAUUGCUUGAGUUAGUUUUCCUUUCAAAAGCUUCCCGACAGAACGAUGGACAAGGGCCGUUUUGUGUUCAACUUGGAACUUUUUUGAAUCUUCAAGCGCUUUCAAAAGGUUUAUUAGGCGACGUUUUUUAGCCCCCGGUUGAACUUUUGCUGAAACUUUGCUGAAGGGAACUUAUGGACCCCCUGAUUUCAGAACAGAAAUAAAAUUUCUCGCAAUAGAUCUCGUUUUCGAGUUAGGACACUUCAAAAGCACGUAAUAGCGCUUUUUUGGCCUAUUUCUCGUGUUUUGCACACUUUGAAGCUCCAUAACUCGGAAAGAAGAUCUACUGCAAGAAAUUUUUUUUUUUGUUCUGCAAUCAGGGGGUCCUGAAGUACACCUCAGCAAAGUUUCAGCAAAAGUUCAACCGGGGGUAAAAAAACGUUCCCUGGUUAGAUGGAUUUUUCUGAAUGCGUGCGAAAAAUGUCCAACUGAAAAUGUAACUAUUGAAAAUUGCAAGUUCUCUGUUGCUGACCGGAUUUAUUAAUAUUGCGAACCUUGAAUUCAAACCUCUGAAACAAAAAUUUUGCACAGAAACCGAAAAUCUUAUCCAAGAACUUCAAAGAACGUUGGAUAAAAUUUGUAAACAUUUCCAAAUUUCGCUCUGAAACAGCCUUCAAUCUUUCUCCAUUUUUGAUGGCUUGCACUUUUUUAAAAAAAUAUACUCCAAGUUUUGUUCGAAGCUGUACAAUACUAAAGAUAAUGCAUGAUUGAACGUGUCGCGGCGCCUUGUCAUCAGAAGAAAAACUAACUUUUAAUUUCCACAAUCCGCAUUCUUCCCUCGUAGACAAAGAAAAACUCGACGUGACUCAUGUCAACGCCGUCAAGAUCAUAACUUCGAAGAAAAACGAAACUGGUUGUUUGAAAGUUGAAUAUUCAUCGUUUUCCAGCCGAAUUUCACGUGGAAGCCGACUUUUACGGGGCGAUUCGACUUCAACAUGCUCAGUCCAGGAAAUAUUUGUGCUUCAACAAGAGGCAGCGGAUCACUUUAAGAGUGAGAUAUUACUCAUUUUUUUUUUCCUAAAAUUAACAAAAAUGGCUACUUCUAUUUUAUGAAAAAAAUGCACCAAUUUUCACAUUACUCGACAUGAUGACUUUUUUACAGGAAGGGAAGAGAUUUUUUUCAAACUCUCUAUAAAAAAUGCAAAAUUUUGUUAGAGCUUCAAUAUCUUGUCUGAAUACCAACUAAAUUUUAACUCUCGCUCUUUUUCAAAUAAAUGCCUGUUCAUGUAGUCGAGUAAAAAGAACCUUUUGCUUGGGUAACCUUGAAAACUCCCCUUUGAUCUCGAUUCUCUCAGAAUCUAUGUCGAGCCAACAAUUAUGAAAUCAAAAAUUUGGUUUCUUGAAAAAAAGACAGUUUUCUUUCCCGUACGCACUUUUUUCAACUUUUAAUUACAGUUCAACGGGGACAGCGAGAGGUGCUAUUUCUACGAGCGGAUCAAUCACAGCGGGUAUUCGGAAUUGGAGUCCGCUUGGCAGCCUCGCCUGUUCUUGGGUAAAUUACUAUGAACUUGAAUGAUUUCGAUAAAAUUCAAAACUGUUACGUGUUACGAUGUAACUUUUUUUAAUUUUUUUGGCUUUUUUUCUAGCAUUUGUUUGAAGUUAUUUCUGAUAAACUUUUUCGAAAAGAAAGCAAAAAAACUUUAAUUCAGGGAAAAAAGGGGCAAAAAAAUAGAUUUCUUCAUCAGAAAAUGAAUUCUCAGCUUUUUGUGUUUUAAAAAAACUCAUAGGUUCCGUGAAAAAAAUUGAAAAAAAUGUGUGACUACUGUAUCAUUUUUUUCCAUUAAAUGUCCAUUUUUUUCUCCCUGGAAUUGGAAAAAUUUUUUUCUCGAAGCUUUUAUAUGAUCACUGUUUCAACUUCUUUUCAGGUUUCAACGGCCGAGGCAGGUUCCAGAGCCCAGACACCUACCAUGUGAAGCGCCGAUGCUUCUACUGGCUCAAAUUCGUUCGCUACGUUCCAGAAGAAGAACUCCACCAUUGCGAGAUUCGGAAACCGGUGGAUCAGCAUGUGCGGCUGGAACACACAAAUAUGGCCCACAAUGCUCUUCGAAACUCGCUCCUUAAUCAAAUCCGAGCCACUCAUGAUGGCCCUUACAAGCAUCAAGACCAAGAAAAUCGCAAUGGAACAUAUUCACUUUGA